AUGACAAGCAGCCCGGCUAGACAAAGUUGGGAGAGUGACGUUUCAACGCUUGGUUCUGGUUCGAAUGCGGCGACGGUUCAAGAGGCUCCCCAGGAGGUGAAAGAGAGGAGUGAUAUAGAAAUCGGUCUACCUACGGAGGAGGAAGAGCGGACUCUAAGACGUAUUGUGGUACAUCCUAGUUGGUAUGUGUAUUUAAUAUGUUUUAUCGAGCUGGCAGAAAGAGCAUCAUAUUACGGAACCGGGGAUAGGUUGAACAACUACUACACAUAUCCGUUACCUGAGGGUGGGAAUGGUGCUGGAGCAACAGCACAUGGUUCUGAGGCGAACUCAGGCGCGCUUGGAAAGGGGUUGGCGACUGCUACGUCGUUAGGUUUGUUAUUGAAAUUUACUUCUUAUUUCUUCCCUUUGGUCACGGGUUAUUUAUGCGACAUGUAUAUGGGUCAUGUGCGGACGCUAUGGUAUGGGAUCUGGACGGGGGUAGCCAGCCAUAUCAUCUUCAUUCUAUCGGCUCUUCCUGUUGUACUAAAACACCCUGAUGCAGCUAUGGCGUUAUCAUUGAUUGGAUUGAUAACUCUUUCUGUAUGUACGGCAUUUGUAAAGCCCGUUCUACUUCCCCUCUUAUUGCAGCAGUACCCCCAUGAGACUAAUGUUGUGAAGACAUUGGAGACUGGGGAGCGUGUGAUAAUAGAUCGAGAUGCUUCGCUACAGCGUAUGACCAUGACCUUUUACUGGGCGAUCAAUAUCGGGGCCUUUAUGUCCCUGGCAACGAGUUAUGCCGCGAAGGAAGUUGGGUUUUGGCUUGCGUUUUUGAUUCCAUUGAUAAUCUAUAUGGCCAUGCCAGUUGUGUUCUCACUGGUGCAGCCUCACAUUAAGGAUAGAGCACCAUCAGGGUAUUCGUUAUUGGCUGAUUGUAUGAAGGUUCUAUAUGUUGCUUUUGGAAAAGGCUGGAAUGCUCGUCGUAAGGAGGGUGUCUUCUGGGAUUACGCUUUGCCCUCGAACCAACGGCAAAUGGGCAAGGUCGGUUGGCGUAAGAAGUCCCCCUUCUAUAAGGAGUCACUUGUACAAGACACUAAGAUAACUCUAUCGGCAUGUUUCAUAUUUUGUUACUAUAUUAUAUAUAACAUGAAUGAUAACCAGCUCACUACCAUCAUCAACAGUCAGACGGGAUCUAUGACUAAGAAUGGAGUACCAAAUGACGUUAUCAGUAACUUCAACCCAUUGUCUAUUAUUGUUUUAAUCCCAAUACUCGAUUAUGGUCUCUAUCCGCUUUUAAGACGGCUAAGAAUAAAUUUCAAACCUGUCUAUCGUAUAUUCACCGGUUUUAUGCUUGCUGUUGCCUCUUCGGUAGCCGGAGCACUCAUUCAAUGGCGGAUAUAUGAAACAUCCUCUUGUGGGUAUCAUGCAACCACAUGUAGUGAAAAAGGUUUGGGUGUGUCACCGCUAUCUUCGUGGAUUGUUGCUGUUGAAUAUACAUUGUCUGGUGCAUCAGAAUGUUUAGCGAUGACCACCGCUUAUGAAAUCGCAUAUGAUCGUUCGCCAGAGCACAUGAAAUCAUUUGUUCUCGCUCUGUUCUUAUUUACAUCAGCUGUCUCUGCCGCCAUAACACAAAUUGUUAACCCAAUUCUAAAAGAUCCACUCCUAAUAGUUCCAUUUGCGCUAUUUGCAGGCAUUGGGUUUAUAUCUGGUUGUCAUUUCCUCUGGAAAUUCAGGAAUUUGGAUAAGGAAAUGUUGCAAGAGAAGAGAGAACGUGAGCUCCUACAGGAAAGUUCAGAAUCGGAUGAAUUGGAAGUUGUUGAAAUUAAAGAUGUAAAGGGAAGUCGUAGUAACAUCAACGGUAAAUAG